AUGGCAAUGGCUCCACCAGCCAAGCGACGACACGAAGAGGAGGCGGACAUUGCAUACGCUCAAGAUUCGAAUAACAAUGGCUAUCCCACCGCACUCUACGCGCCACCGCCACCACCAACAUAUUAUCCCUCACUCCCCUGCCCAACUCCAACAGGCCAACCACCUCCAAUCGCCGACAUGAUCUCCCUCCUCCGCGAACAAGACCUCCACGACCUUCUCACCCAAAUCGUCCAAACCGAGCCUUCGCACUUCGCCCACGCCCUCCUUACCGACACCUACACAACCCACAUCCUCGCCCAACGCGCCAAAGUCAUCGACUUCGACCACUACAGCAAGUCCGCCUGGUACACAUUGAACAAAUCCCACUACACCAAACUAAGCGGCUCAAAGCAAUACGAUGCCUCCUGGGAUGCCAUGGCGGAGGUGACGGGGUGCAUACAUGCGAUUGCGGAGAGGGCGACGCCGGAGACAUCAUACGGAACGAAGUUGAACGCUUUGGAGACGUUGCGCGGCGACUGUCUAACCUCAGAAGUGAGGAAGCAGUUUGCGAGUGAUCAUUGCUUGGAGGAUACAGUCAACUCCAUCUUGGAGGGCAUGACUGUGGAGGAAAGGAUUCAGGCGGGACAGAACAUCUCAGAGAUUGGAAAGCCGAAUCUUUUGGAGAAGAUGAGGUGGGUGCAUAAUGAUGGGGAUGGGUAUUGUAUCUUUGAAGAGAUUGGGUAUGCAGUUGAGGUCUUGGAGUUUGGGGAGACGGAGGAAGAGCAGGAUGGUGAGGAAGAAGAGAAUGAAGAGGAGGAUUAUAGUCUGGUGGUCUUGAACCCGAUAAUUGCGGCUGCGCAGCCUUUGAACGGAUUGAACCAUGUAAUUACCAUUGACUGA